AUGGACCCUGCCGCUGUCUUCCACCAAUCUCUGGGUUCAGUCCUCCCUCAUCAUCGCUUCUUCCCCGGGAGACCUCCGCAACCGGGGCCGUACCCAUGGGACAGCCCAGAGCAGGAGAUCCACGAUGCGCCGCAUCGCGUCGCCCAUACUCUGACUGCCUGCUGCCGAUGCCGCCAGAGGAAGACCAGGUGUGACCCCGCACUGCCGCGAUGCCUCCCCUGCGAACGAUCAGGUUCAACAUGCGAGUACUACGAUAGCGCCAAAGGGAUAAAGAUAAACCGCUCCUACGUGGUAAGCCUUCAAAAGAAGGUUCGCCAACUCGAGGCCGAACUCGCCCAGUACACAGACCAAGAUGCCGAGGAUCCGUCCAGCCAUGAUGACAUGGUCUGCCCCGGAGGUACUGUCCGUUUUGACGAGGCAGACGAAAUGCCGCGCUAUCUAGGGCCGAGCAGCGGUACGGCCAUGACACGAUUGCUGAUGGAAGAGGCAAAGAGACACGCCGAGUCGCGGAGGAUCGCGAACCUCAUUCCCGCGGUGCUCGCGAAACGGGCAGAGCGCAGAGAUCGCAUGCAGAGUGUGGUGAUGGGAACCAGUAUAAGCGGACCCUCGGGCAGGACAAGAAGCUACCCAGCCCACAGUAUCAUUCCCGCCUCUGCCCUCCCAAGCAGGGAGAUUGUCGAUGGUUUGGUACGGGCCUUCAAUGACAGAGUCCAGGUAUUCACGCCGAUUCUCCACGAAAAGGUGUUUGAAGAAGACGUGAAUGCUGUCUUUUCUGGGGACUCGGACCCAUACAAACACUUCGUCGUGAACAUGGUAGUGGCCAUCAGCCUCCAGAAGGUGGGCAAGUACGCUGGCCUUCCCGACAGCUAUUACCUUAACGCGAUGCGCCGCUUCGAGGACGUCGUCCGUCCCCAGGAUCUGAAGACGCUCCAGUGUCUGGUCCUAAUUGGCUUGUAUUCUCUGAUGACGCCAACCAGGACCGCUACCUACUAUGUGACUGGGCUCGCGACAAGAAUAUGUCAGCAAAUGCGUCUUGGGGACGAGCAAACCAUAAGCCUGGGCGUUUCUGACCCCCGGGCUCUUGACAUGAGGAGGAGACUGAGCUGGAUCGUCACGGCUCAAGAGCUUGGUCUUGCGAAUGCUAUGGGCCGACCCAAUGGGUUUUCCAAAGCCGAUGACUUCAUGAACGUCAAGUUCUUCGAAACGAGCGCCGACGAGGACAUCACACCAGAAGGCAUCCGCUCUGGCAGAUCUUGCGAGAAGAAAGAGGUAGCGAUUCAUUUCUGCAGGAUGAGGCUCCUGCAGGCAGAGAUCCGCCGGGUACUUUAUGACAAGAAACGGCCUGAACCCGCCCACCAGAACCACCCAUGGUUCACCGUGAUGGAGCAGAAACUCGAGGAUUGGCUCCAAGCCUGCCCGGAGCAGCCUGCUUGGUGCAAACCUUGGCUUGUGGGGUACUAUCACAACAUGGUCAUCUCGCUCUAUCGGCCCUCGCCGCAAGUGCCUAAACCCACCAUCAACGCCGCCAUGAAGUGCUUUGACAGUUCACGCUAUAUCAUCGACCUAGUUUAUCGCUUAAUUGAGGAGGGGUCAGUCGACGUUAGCUGGGAGUCUCUGUUGAUUGUGUACGCCGCACUGAAUGCGCUUCUCUGGUCCAUCUCAUAUCCCGAAGUCCGCGCCGAGCACGCUAAGGGCGACGUCCAAGAACUUGCAGCUUCCGCCCUCGAGGCGGUCAAGAUUUUCUCCGAUCGCUGGCCUGGGUCUUCAUCGGCGGCCCAGAUGUAUACGGUGAUUGCAAAUGCCUGUCUUCAAAGCUACAACGCGGAGGAGGAAACGCCGUCGCCGCCAUCGACCAACCAACUUGGGACACCGGCAUCUCUCGCUGGCCCCAUAUCACCUGAAUCGGACACGUCGAGAAGCACGCCAAAAGCACAACCCCAGUCAGCCACUUCACUCUUCAACACAUCCUCACCUUUCGGAUUUGUAUUCGACACGACCAUUGGCGUGCCGGCUCUCCAGUAUGGAUUCGAGAGUGAUUCUUCUCCUUUCCAACAGCAGCCCACUUUCCGUUCCAAUUCAAUCUUCAUGAGCCCAUCGACAGACUCCAACGGCCGCAGGCUUUCUCACCUCGCACCCGACUCCAAUGACGCGUCUGCACCUGAGCGUGCGGGCAGCACGCCUCCGCCGCCUUCCUUGGUAAUACCCAAGCAAGACCCCGAGCCUCCUACAGCUACACCCGCCGUCAGCCCAUUGCCAACACUGCCGGGGCCCGUCGCAGGCCGCUCUCCCCACGCCGCAAUCAGCUCGUCUCCGAGGUUGGCCAUGACUACAUCGCGUUCACCCAUCGCAACACCCCAUCUCCGCCCGGUCAGUCCCGUCCCGCCACUGCAACAUCUCCAGGGAGCCACUCCUCAGGCGAAGCAACAAUCUCCGGAGUUGUUUCCCGAUCACCAUUUCAAGCAGCAACAAAAACAGCAUCAGCAGUACCAACUGUACCAGCAGCACCAACAACGCCAGCAACAACAGCAACAACAGCAAACGGUCCCAACUUCCGAAAGACUACCGCCGCCCGCUUUCAUCACCCCUCCUCCACGGUUCCACCACCCCCAUUCAAGCACCCAGCAGCGGCCGCCGCCACCGGCCCCACCCACAGCAACAGACUGGUACAACCCCUUACCAGAAUUCGUUCCGCCAUAUGCCUUCUCCUCUAGCGUGUUGAAUGGGGCCUCUACUUCGGGCUUCUGGGCAGGAGCGCCGAACCCGUUCGCAGAAGGAGGAGGAGGAGGAGGAGGAGGCCUCGCACUAAACGGAAGUCAGCAUCAGAACCCCGGCGGAAUCCCCCCUGCAUUUGGUAGUAGCAGCAACAACCCCCAAUUGCCACCAUCAUCAAACACAACAAAUUGGAACGUUGGCUGGGGUUACGAAGGUGCGGGAUUGGGGCUCGGCCCCGGCUCCGGCCCCGGGGCCGGAGCUUCUGUGACAGGCGGCGAAUUCUAUAACUCGUUCCUAAACGAGAGACACGGCAGUCUGAGCCAUGAGCAGCAGCUGGAGCUGAUGGAUGUGCUCGAGGCGGAGGGGAUGAGCGACAUUGACAGCUUCUUGAAUAUGGGUUUGGGUUUGGGCGGGCAGGGUCAGGGGCAAUGUCAGGUUGGUGGCAAUGGGGGUGUUCCUUGGGGUUGA